CUUCGCCCGCUGCAUCGCCAUGCAGCCCAUUCCUCAACCACUGCAAGAACAGCAGGAGCCGUAUCACGAUGCUAGCUCUGCCUACUCUCUGAACACUGUUCCCGACCGUCCUUCGCCCACUCAGCGGACUGCCCUCCUUCCGGCUUCCUCUUCCUCGUCGACCAUCAGCUAUGGCUCUACUCCUCCUUCGCAGCCUUCCUCAAGGCGACUCCUCAUGACCGCGACGUUGAAAAUGGCUGCUAUCUUUGUGCUGAGUACCGCCUUCCUGGGCGCAACGCUGUGGCUGGCGCUGCCUACGCUUGACGAGGGGGACAGACCGCAUCUUAAGAUUCCCAAGUCUUUUGUAGAACUCCAGGCACUCAACGCCCUGCUCAAGAAGUAUAGAGACAUCUACCCCUACCGUAUCGUGAUUUGCUAUGUGACAACAUACCUCUUCUUGCAAGCGUUCUCCCUUCCCGGUUCCAUGUAUCUUUCCAUCCUCGGCGGCGCAGUAUGGGGCGUCCCCCGCGCGCUUCCGCUAGCAUGUACAUGCGUCGCUUCUGGCGCCACGCUCUGCUACUUCAUCAGCGCUGCGCUAGGGCCCGCCUUGCUCACCGUACCCAAGUUCAAGGCGCGUUUCGACGUCUGGGCGGACAAGAUACGUGCGCAGAGGGACAACCUCAUUUCGUUCCUUAUCGUCCUCCGUAUUGCCCCGUUCCCUCCCCAUUGGGUCGUCAACGUCCUGUGUCCUCACCUGGAUAUCGGUGUCGUACCAUUCUGGGUCAGUACAUGGCUCGGCAUUUUCGGCGUCACGGUGAUACAUACAACGAUCGGAGGAAGCCUUGACGAUAUGACAUCACCGGCCGACUUCCACCUCAUCUCCUGGAAGAAUUUCUUCUUGCUUUCCGCAGUUGUUGUCGGUGCCUUGAUUCCCGUUGGCCUCCGAUAUUUUUUCAGCCGCCAUCUCCAAACUGUCAUCGAUGUGGAAGCGACACCAGUGUUGGAAGGGGAGAGGUAUCACGACGACGACGACGUUAUUCUUGCACAGGGCCCACAGGUCGACCCUGUAAAGGGCAAGACUGCACAGCUAAUAGUUCUCUCUGACGAUGAGAGCGACAGCUAUACGGGCGAAGAAAGUGACGAAGAUGUCAUUCUCGAGGCUGGGCCUGCCUUGAUAGUCAAGAAGGACGAUACAGGGGGAUCACAGACUGCCGCAUCGGUACCUCCCGUACGCGAUUGGCGAGCAGAGGACCUCCUUUGAUAGCAAACUUCCUCUGCAUGCCGUUUCGCACUCCGUUUCACGGACCUGUCAUUUCUUGCUGUACGCUCUUUCUUUUAGAUUUCCAGAUGUUUUCGGCCAUAAAGGUUACGUGUUGUGUUACUAAUGGUUCUGUACGAUUACGAUUACGAUUGCAUUGUGGCGAGUAGCACGCAGCUUCUGCAAGUAUUAUCCUGUAUAAUCAUUCUUCGAACC